AUGCCCGCGCGCUACGCAUGCCUCCUCCCCUGGCUGUGCCGGCCGCUGCCCCUGGCCGCGAUGCUGCUGCUGCUGGGCGGCGGCGGGCGCUGGGGCUUCUGCCCGCGGGCCUGGGCCCAGGAGGCCGGUUCGGAGGCAGCUGGGUCCCCGGCGAGUGAGGGCGCAGAGGCACAGGACCCGCACGCCAAGCACCUGUACACGGCCGACAUGUUCACGCACGGGAUCCAGAGCGCGGCGCACUUCGUCAUGUUCUUCGCGCCCUGGUGUGGGCACUGCCAGCGAUUGCAGCCAACGUGGAACGACCUAGGGGACAAGUACAACAGCAUGGAAGAUGCCAAAGUCUACGUGGCGAAAGUGGACUGCACAGCUGACUCUGAUGUGUGCUCUGCCCAGGGAGUUCGAGGAUACCCUACAUUAAAGUUUUUCAAGCCUGGACAGGAAGCUGUGAAGUACCAGGGUCCCCGGGACUUCCAGACACUGGAGACCUGGAUGCUGCAGACGCUGAAUGAAGAGCCUGAGACGCCAGAGCCAGAAGCAGAACCAGCUAGAGCCCCCGAGCCGAAGCAGGGCCUAUAUGAGCUCGUGGCGAGCAACUUUGAGCUGCACAUUGCACAAGGCAACCACUUUAUCAAGUUCUUUGCUCCAUGGUGUGGUCACUGCAAAGCUCUGGCUCCAACCUGGGAGCAGCUGGCUCUGGGCUUCGAACAUUCUGAAACUGUCAAGAUUGGCAAGGUCGACUGUACCCAGCACUAUGAACUGUGCUCUGGAAAGCAAGUCCGAGGCUACCCAACUCUCCUCUGGUUCCGAGAUGGCAAGAAGAUUGAUCAAUACAAAGGAAAGAGGGACCUGGAGUCGCUGAGAGAGUAUGUAGACUCACAGCUGCGGAGCUCAGAGAGGGGGUCCGAGGAACCCGUGGAGCCCUCUGAAGCCCCGGUGCUGGCUGCAGAACCUCCUGCACAGAAGGGCACUGUGCUGGCACUCACUGAAAGUAACUUUGAUGACACCAUUGCAGAAGGAAUCACCUUCAUUAAGUUCUAUGCCCCGUGGUGUGGACAUUGUAAGAAUCUGGCACCUACUUGGGAGGACCUCUCUAAAAAGGACUUUCCUGGUUUGGCAACAGUCAAGAUUGCAGAAGUGGACUGCACUGCUGAGCGGAAUAUUUGCAGCAAAUACUCGGUACGAGGCUAUCCCACAUUGCUGCUUUUCCGGGCAGGAAAGAAAGUCAGUGAACACAAUGGCGGCAGGGACCUGGAAUCCUUGCACCACUUUGUCCUGCUUCAGGCAAAAGACGAACUGUGA